UUUAAAAGGGCGAGUGGUGUGUGUCUUGAGACACCACUCACCACUCUCAAAAACUCAUCAGUCGUCACCAUUUCCUGCUCUCUCUGUCUCCCUCCACCAUGGUUCUGUCGAAGACGGCAUCUGAGAGCGACGUCUCGGUUCACUCAACGUUUGCGUCACGCUAUGUGAGGACCUCACUUCCCAGGUUCAAGAUGCCGGAGGAGUCGAUCCCCAAGGAGGCAGCGUACCAGAUAAUAAACGACGAGCUGAUGUUAGACGGAAAUCCCAGGCUGAACCUGGCGUCGUUUGUGACGACGUGGAUGGAGCCGGAGUGCGACAAACUCAUAAUGGCCGCCAUUAACAAGAACUACGUUGACAUGGAUGAGUACCCUGUCACCACUGAGCUCCAGAAUCGGUGUGUAAACAUGAUAGCUCAUCUAUUCAAUGCGCCACUUGGAGAUUCAGAAACUGCCGUUGGUGUUGGGACGGUUGGAUCAUCGGAGGCCAUAAUGCUGGCUGGAUUGGCAUUCAAAAGAAAAUGGCAGAACAAAAGGAAAGAAGAAGGUAAGCCUUACGACAAGCCCAACAUUGUGACCGGUGCCAAUGUCCAGGUUUGCUGGGAGAAAUUCGCAAGGUACUUUGAGGUGGAGUUGAAGGAGGUGAAGCUCCGUGAUGGAUACUAUGUUAUGGACCCUGAAAAGGCUGUGGACUUGGUUGAUGAGAACACCAUUUGCGUUGCUGCUAUUCUUGGUUCCACCCUCAACGGUGAGUUUGAAGAUGUGAAGCGCUUAAAUGAUCUUCUCAUUCAAAAGAAUAAUCAAACCGGCUGGGAUACUCCUAUUCAUGUUGAUGCUGCCAGUGGUGGAUUCAUUGCUCCGUUUCUAUAUCCCGAGCUUGAGUGGGACUUCCGGUUACCGCUGGUCAAGAGUAUCAAUGUCAGCGGCCACAAGUACGGUCUAGUUUACGCUGGAAUUGGUUGGGUUAUCUGGAGAAGCAAGGAUGACCUGCCUGAGGAACUCAUCUUCCACAUCAACUAUCUCGGAGCUGAUCAACCCACUUUCACUCUUAACUUCUCCAAAGGUUCCAGUCAAGUCAUUGCUCAAUACUACCAACUAAUUCGCCUUGGUUAUGAGGGAUAUAAAAAUGUGAUGGAAAAUUGUAGGGACAACAUGUUAGUGCUCAAGGAUGGACUUGAGAAAACAGGGCGCUUUGACAUUGUUUCCAAGGACGAUGGUGUUCCUUUGGUGGCCUUCACACUCAAAGACAACACCCGCUUCAAUGAAUUCCAAGUCUCUGACUUGCUCAGGCGCUUUGGCUGGAUAGUGCCGGCAUACACCAUGCCCCCGGAUGCACAGCAUGUUACCGUUCUCCGUGUGGUCAUCCGGGAGGACUUCUCCAGGACCCUCGCAGAGCGCCUUGUGGCUGAUGUGGAGAAGGUGCUUCACGAGCUUGAUAUGCUUCCCCCCAAGGUGGUUGUGGUUAAUGGAGAAGAGGCAGCAACAAGCCCUAAUGGCAAGGUUAAGAAGACUGCUCUGGAGACACAGAGGGAGAUCACUGCAGUUUGGAAGAAGUUUGUACUGGAAAGGAAGAAGCUGAAUGACAAGAUGAAUGGGGUUUGUUGAGAGAGUGGAAUCUGCCUCAAAAGAUUCUUAAUUUCUUAGAUUAUUAUUAUUACCAUCAUAGUAACAUUAUGAAUUGGGAAGUAAUAUUUGAUUUUGGGUGAAUAUCAUAUUUCUCUUGUUCAGUUGCUUGUUGCUGAUUGAUAAGAGGAAAGGAAAAGAACAAAGCAUGUUUGCAUCUAUAUAAACGGUAAUCGUGCAAUUGGGACUUCAA